AUGGAAGAAGGUUCAUGGAUUGCUUCUAUUGAGGUGCUUGCUGAAUUACCCGGCGCAAUCUUAGGAGCCUUUUGCGCAGAUUAUUUUGGUCGACGUUCCACUUUAUUAAUGAGUGGAGUGCCAUAUUUGAUUGGAUGGAUUUUAAUUGCUGUAGCAAGAAAUGUAUCAACGUUGAUGCUAAUCAAGUUUUUAGUAGGUGUAGCUGACGGAUCUGUGUUUACAGUUUUACCAAUGUUUGUAGGAGAAAUCGCCGAGGACGAUAUUCGUGGUAAAUUAGGGAAUUCUAUGACAGUUAUUAUGAAUUUAGGCGCACUAUUUUUAUAUAGUGUUGCCCCAUGGUUAACAAUUCGAGCGAUGGCAUUGAUUGCAAUGUUUAUUCCUGUAGUUUUUCUCAUCACUUUCUGGUGGGUACCAGAAACGCCAUAUUAUUUACUCAUGGUAAAAAAACAUGACGAGGCCAAGAAAUCUUUACAACGGUAUCGUGGCUUGAUGAAUGUGGAUACUGAAUUUGAGGAUAUGUCAAAUAUCGUUGAAUGCCAAAUGUCUCAAACAUCUAAUUGGUCCGAUUUGAUAAAAAACAGAGCUUAUUUCAAAGGUAUGGUUGUUAUGAUUGGUUUAAAUACUAUAAGGAUGAUGAGUGGUAUAUUUGCCAUACUAGUUUUCGCUGAACUUAUAUUCUCUAAAGCAGAUGGUUUUUUUAGUGGUUCUAUUUCUGCGAUAAUGUUUGGUGUCGCUCAAUUUUCAAGUAAUUUUUUGGCAAUGUUACUCAUUGACAGAGUUGGACGUCGUCCUCUGCUGAUUAUUUCGUUGAUUGGAUGUUCCAUUGCUUUAAUUGGACAAGCUGUGUACUUUUAUAUUCAAGUCCAUAGUAUUAUGGAUUUAGAAGCUUAUGGGUGGGUUCCAGUGACAGUGCUAAUUAUUUACAUUACUAUGUAUGGAGUUGGAUUGGGUGCAAUAUCUCUCACGAUGCAAGGUGAAAUGUUUCCAACAAAUAUUAAAGCGAAAGCGAUGUGUAUUAUUGAUGUAUUUUAUGGACUGGUAGGAUUUUUAGUUGUACAAUUUUAUCAACCAACAGCCGAAUUUUUUGGCAGUCAUAUACCAUUUAUUAUAUUUGCUAUAUCAUGUAUUUUCGGUAUAUUUUUCACAAUAUUUAUUGUACCCGAAACGAAAGGUAAAUCGUUGGAAGAUAUACAAAAUUUAUUGAAAAAUUCAAAAAGAGUGAAGAAUUCAAACGAAAAUCAAGGCUCUAAAGUACAAAAUCCACAGCUCCCAGCUCGCACAUUACAAAUAAAUUCACGACUGACCAAAAUUCAAACAGAAUUUGUUUAA